CUCGCUUAAUGGCGCCUUGGCGCGUCGCAUAGCAAUUCCCUUUCCCGCCGCCUCCCCUUUUUGAGGCGGAGGAAGGAAGGAAGGAAGGAAGGAAGGAAGGAGGGAAGGAAGGGGGAACGGGCAGCGAGGGGCGGCCAGAGAAGAAGCCAGCGCCCUGGCGCGGAGAGCCGACUUCGCCUUGGCAAGGAGGGAGAAGGAAGGCGGGCGGAGGGCGGCGAGGAGGAGGCUGAGGAGGCGGAGGCGGCUCCACCAUGCGACCCAGGCUGAAGGCAUCCUGGAGGAGCUCCGCCGGAGACUGAGGAGAAGCGGCGCCCGGUCCAUGCAAGGAGCGAGGAAGAGGAGGAGGAGAGGAAGAAGGAGACGAGGCGGCCUCGGGAGGGAGGACGAGGAGGAAUAUCCUGCAAUGACUACAGCAAGAUAUCGACCUACCUGGGACUUGGUGCUUGACCCCUUGGUAUCAUGUAAGCUUUGCCUUGGGGAGUAUCCAGUGGAGCAGAUGACAACAAUAGCACAAUGCCAAUGCAUCUUCUGUACUCUGUGCCUGAAACAGUACGUGGAGCUUUUGAUUCAGGAAGGCCUAGAAACAGCAAUUAGUUGUCCAGAUGCUGCCUGCCCAAAGCGAGGUCAUCUACAAGAAAAUGAAAUUGAAUGUAUGGUUGCAUCAGAAAUCAUGCAGAGAUAUAAGAAGCUACAGUUUGAAAGAGAAAUACUUCUGGAUCCUUGUCGGACUUGGUGUCCAUCCUCUUCCUGCCAAGCAGUUUGCCAGCUUCAGGAAUCAGGACCCCAGAAUCCACAGCUGGUGCAAUGCAAAGCUUGUGACAUAGAAUUUUGCUCUGCAUGCAAAUCCAAUUGGCAUCCGGGACAAGGCUGUCAGGAAAAUAUGCCAGUCAACUUCCUUCCAGGAGAAACAAGCUCUGUUUAUAAAAUGGAAGAAGAUGAUGCUCCAAUCAAGCGGUGCCCAAAAUGUAAAGUUUAUAUUGAACGGGAUGAAGGGUGUGCCCAAAUGAUGUGUAAAAACUGUAAACAUGCCUUUUGCUGGUACUGUCUGGAGUCGCUUGAUGAUGACUUCCUCCUUAUACAUUAUGACAAAGGACCUUGCCGAAACAAGCUAGGUCAUUCUAGGGCCUCGGUUAUUUGGCACAGAACACAGGUGGUGGGGAUCUUUGCAGGUUUUGGCCUGUUAUUAUUAGUGGCUUCACCCUUUCUUCUUCUUGCGACGCCCUUCGUUCUUUGCUGCAAGUGCAAGUGUAAUAAAGGAGAUGAUGACCCACUCCCAACUUAAGAUGGAAUCAGGACGGGAUAUAGGAUUUUGCUCUUCAUCACAGUACAUUUCAUGACCUCCCGCUCUCCUUUUGCACAUAACAUUGUCAUAGCCUUACUUGCCCUAAACCUGACUUCAGACAAGACCCAUGGUGCCAUGAAUGCCAGGAAUUACUUUCGCCACCCUUUCUUACCAGGGGUUAAAGGGAAGAAGGUGCCCGGACUUAAAGCAAGCUGAAUGUCUGAAAUGUAUGUCGAUAGCACAAGGCUCCUUCCUUGUUCACUUAAAGGCUACAUCAAUCGGCUUGGAAUCAUCAUUUUAACAGCAUCAAGACAUAAAUUUUCACAUAUAUAUCUACAACAAUUUAAGAUGUCUUACUAAUAAAUAUAUAUGUUUUCAAGAAUGGCAUACCAAUUUAAAAAUUUGCCCAUUAAAGCAUGACUUUAAAUAUCUGUUUAUCAAAAACAGUUUCUGUUCAUAUUUGCUCUAAGAAAAUAUCAGAUGCAUCCUCCCUAUGUUGAACCUGCCUCUCUCACAUACAAAAUCACUGUAAAUUUGGUUAGAUACAAGUAGGACAUCCUAUGCCUUUGACUAUUCCAAAAUGAAAGAUGCCAUUUCUGUUUAAUAACAUUUUGGAAAAUGGUUAAAGUUAUUUGUCUGGAUGGACAUUUUUUUUUGUUUUGUUUUGUGGGGACUUUUUGUUUUUCCAGAGAUUUGAAGUUGAAGUAUGUGAGCCACACCUGACCUGCCUAAAUUAAUGGCUUUAAAAAAAUCCUGGUUUCCCUCUUAUCAGCCUUGUUUAUCUGUUUAUUAACUAUCUGCUACGUUAAUAGGGCUACCUCUAAUCAGGUAUCUUUUUCUGUACAUAUAUAUAUAAUAUACAUAUAUAUAACAGAAUAGAAGUCUUUAAACCAAAUGUACAAAUAGAUGUUAACCUGACUAUUGUGAAGGUUGGAGAUGCAUGACUCAUCUGUUCUUAUGGCUGAGAAGUAAUUAUGGUUGUGAUAAUUUCUGACAUGUACACUGCUCUGUGAAUGAGAAGAAACAGAUAUGGGGAUCUGUUUCCCUCUCUAUUUCCACCAUGAUAAUAAAUAAAUAGCCAUCCCUUGAUAAAGAUACUUAUCAGUGCUCAAAAUAGGAGGACAUAAAUGCACACUCUUCCCUCCUCAGUGCUCUGACUUGUUGAGUUACGUAAGUUUCCAAGAGGAGUGGGAGCAGAUGACUGCAGUAGAUGUGCAUGCAAAUGAAUGGUCUAUCUUCUGUAAUGGCUAAUAUCCUCCAAAUACCAGGACUGGAGGGAGAAAUAGAAAAUGGAGUACCCUUAUGCCUGCUAAUUCCAAGGCUAAUGUCCCAAGUUUCCAAAUUUGUUGAUAACAGCAAACAAUAACUUAGUCCUACAACCUGGCACCCUCCAAAUGUGCUAAGCUACAACUCCCACAAUCCCAAACCAGCAUGUGCAUAUUGGUUGAGGAUAGUGAGGGUUGUAGUCUCACCACAUCUAUCGGUUACCAGGUGGGGAAGGCUGCCAUAAAGUAUGCAAAUUCAAGAGAGGUAAGGAUUUCCCCUGCCCUUAUUUUGCUUCAAUGAAUAAAAAUUGCCUGCAAUGCUAAUGUGUUAAGUCUGCUAACAAUCAAAAGUAUUUAGUCCAUUGUAAAAAGAAUUAUAUUUUAUACUGUAUGGUACUGUGACAACCGGGUUAUUUUAUCUGUUUCUCCAUCUAAUUUUUUCCUAAUCGUUUUGCUGCUUCAUUAUUGUGCUACAUUUCUUCCCCAAGGGAAUAGAAGAAGAAUAUCAGCGUACUAUGAAUAUUGGAUAUUACUCUUUGGUAUAAUUUUGAGAGAGAGCUGAAGCAGCUUUCUAACACAUAUAGAUUUCCAAAUAAGAAACAGUACAUUUCAUGACCUCCCUGGUCAGAAAAUGCAAUGCCACAAGAAUCCUGUUUCUACAAUCUCCCUCUUUACAUUGAGAUGGGCAAAGAAUCCUGAAGAUGUGCUUGGAAUACAAAGCCCAGCAUUCUUCCCAUUGUCUGGGCUUGCUGGGCUUGAUGGUAGUUGCAGUCCAGAAACAACUGGUGGGUCAACAUUUGGCCAGCAAUGCUUCAGAUACCCAUCCAACCCCAGUGAAACAAAAUCAUGUUAGCAAUUCAAAUUGCACUGAGACUUAAGCAUUUAUAUGUGUGGGCACGUAUAUGCACAUAACCUCCUGAGGUGUUUUGUCUUUUCAGUUAUAGCAAAUACUUAAACUUGGUAUCAUAUAGAAAAAAGUGACGUUCGUGUAAUAUCAGUUUGCCAUUGGACUGUAGCCUUGGAAGUGGUAUUCUUCCUAACACGUGCUGAUUCUUUUAUUUAAAGAAACUAAAUGGAAAAAUAUUCUUAUUGUGUGCCAUGCUUUGAAAUUGGUUUUAUAUUCUGCAUAUCAGAUACAUGAUUCUGUAUCUAAAGUUUGGAGCCUUGUCUUGAAUCAGGUAGUUAUUACUUGUUGCCAAUUAUCUGAUGGCUGCAUAUUACAGCAUGACAGCAGAGAAUAAUGUAAUAUGUACUGAAAUUUUAAAUGUGAAGCCUCAGAAAGGGAAUACAAAAUACUUACGUGCUUAUAGUAAUUCCUAUUGUAACGGCGCUCCAUGCAGUCAUGCCGGCCACAUGACCUUGGAGGUGACUAUGGAUAACGCCGGCUCUUCGGCUUAGAAAUGGAGAUGAGCACCAACCCCCAGAGUCAGACAUGAAUGGACUUAACAUCUGGGGAAAACUUUUACCUUUUACAGGAUUCAUAUCAACUCAUCUCUUGGUCUGAGUCAUUUUUUGCACAUAUACUCAACUUGCCCUUGCUGUAGAUCUUUUCUUCCUGACAGGAAAGGAGAAUAUGCUUUCUUUAGUGCAGUGGUCCUCAACCUGUGGGUCCCCAGAUGUUUUGGCCUUCAACUCUCAGAAAUCCUAAGAGCUGGUAAACUGGCUGGAUUUCUGGGAAUUGUAGGCCAAAAACACCUUGGGACCCACAGGUUGAGAACUGCUUUAGCGGGUGCAAAAGUUAAGUGAGACCCUUGGAAGUUUGAUUAAAUUAUUUUGACCACAUCUUUGUUUCUUCUGCUGUAAACAAAUAACUUUUCAUAGAUGUUGUGAGUGACCAUGUUACAGUUCUAGGAAACCCUUAUGCCAGGUUGAUCUUGGGUUCUCCGGAUCCCUAAUUCAUGCUAGCUGGAGCUUCUGGGAUUUAAAGUCUAAAACAUCUGGAGGACCCUUUGAAUAUUAUUCUUUUGUUUUGAAUCCCUUAAAUCCAUGUACUGGACAAAGCUAUCCGACCCGAAAAAAUACCAGAUAUCCCAAUUUUCAAAGAACAUGCAUUUCAUGUAUCCCUUUGCACACAAUGGACAAAACUUCAUGGGUUAACACAAUUAUCUUUCUACUUGGAAGGAGAGCACAGAAUGGGAUAUGGGCCAAAAAGAGAAAUACAAGCACCUUUCAUUUGAGUUUAAACAUUUGGCAGAGGGAAAAUGAAUAGCUUAUUUUUAGAGAUGCCUGCAAAAUUCCCUUCUGCUGAAUUUUUCAAUUGAUUUGAGUUUUUAAACAACUUGAUCUUAUUUUCAGUUCAGCACAAAUGGAUUGCUAAUCCUGCAUUCUUCCAUUUUUAAAAACGAUUCCAGGACACAGUAUAACCCCCACCCUGAUUUGAACACACAAACCAAGUCACAGUUCAUGUAAUGCUGUGAUCCUUUAAAUACCUUUUGGAGACCUUGUUUUCAUCAAUAUGCUCAAUGAUAUGUUUUGUGACCUGCGGCAAAUAAGGGGCCCUCUAGAUGUUGCUGGACUCCAUCUUCCACCAUCCUUUUAGUUAUGUGGUUAUGUGUGAUUUGGAGGUGGCACAAUUUCCACAAUGUUUCGGUUACCUCAGAUUUCCAUCUGUCACUCCUAAAAUCGUGCAGAUCCAAAUUGUAUGAUUGGGAGGUAUAUUUUCACAAUGUUUUGGAGAACACAGAUUUCCAUCAGCGUCACUCCUACAAUCAUGCAGACCCACAUUGUCAUUAAGUGAUCGUGUCUCACUUCAGUUUAAAGUACCAUCUUGGUUCUCUUCUUUUAUUAUGCAACUGAUUCUUUCUUAACACAAUCCAGGAAUGUUACAUAUAGGUAUCUGGCCUACAGUCAAACAUUGCUUGAUCUCUUUCCAUGGCUACAUUUUUAUCAUUUUGUGGAAAAGCUCGGGGGAGUCAUGCAUAUGUACGAUAAAUUACGUAUUUGAUUGGUAUAAAAAUGUUUCUGUAUCUAAAGUGUAACUACAUUUUUGUGCCACUAACACUGUGAUGUAUAAAAGAUUUGUUGAAUGCCUUUGAAUGUUGUUUUGUACUUUGAAUCAUUUUGAAGAGUUUUAUUUGUAAUUUCAAUAGAUAUUUUAAAUGAA